CGGUGAGCGCUGUCCGGUGCCGGGCGGGGAAACGCGAACCGAGAGCGGCGGUGGAGACGGUGGAGGUUCGGUUCCGCCGCCCGCAGGCAAGCUGCCCAGGGUGCUGUGGUAUCUCCGGGGUGUGUGGAGGAGCCAUGCCCACCUAACACUGCCCGGGCUCUCGACGAGCUCAAAAUGGCGGCACAGAGGAUCCGGGCAGCCAACUCCAGCGGCCUGCUGCGCUGCAAGUCGGAGGGGACACUCAUCGACCUCAGCGAGGGCUUCUCAGAAAGCAGCCUGUGCGACGUCAAAGUGCCUUCUCCUAGUGCCUUGCUGGUUGACAAUCCCACGUCCUUUGGAAAUGCAAAGGAAGUAAUAGCAAUCAAAGAUUACUGUCCAACUAAUUUCACCACUUUAAAGUUUUCUAAGGGGGACCAUCUUUAUGUCUUAGACACAUCAGGAGGUGAGUGGUGGUAUGCUCACAAUACCACAGAAAUGGGUUACAUCCCUUCCUCCUACGUCCAGCCUGUAAACUACCGCAACUCUUCCUUAACGGACAGCGGGAUGAUAGACAAUCUACUGGAGAGCCCUGACGAGGGGGUCAGGGAGCUGGACCUGCUUGGAGAAUGGACUGAUGUGAAAAGAAACUCUGUGAAAGCCCACAAUAAUAACCCUUUCUUGAACAGUGUCCAGACAAACCCAUUUCUCAAUGGGAAUUUGCAGACAUUGACCAGCUCAGACAGAGAGCCCAACUCCAAAGCAUCUGUUGACUUGCUGCUCUUUGACACGGGGCCUCCUUCUUCAACAGUUCCUAGCUCAGCUGCUAAUAGCAGCAUGGGUAACAUUUUUGAUGAAUUUCCAUCCACAAACAGGCUGGACCUGGAAGAGUCCGUGAAAAGGGACAAUCCCUUCUUCAGGAGCAAACGCUCUUACAGCUUGUCUGAGCUCUCUGUUCUGCAAGCGAAGUCGGACACUCCGGCACAGUCCAGUUUUUUCAGUGGUUUAAAAUCUCCCACUCCUGAGCAAUUCCAGAGCAGGGAAGAUUUUAGGACCGCGUGGUUGAACCAUAGGAAGCUGGCCCGGUCUUGCCAUGACUUGGAUUUGCUUGGUCAAAAUCCUGGCUGGGGUCAGACACAACCGGUGGAGACCAACAUUGUCUGCAAACUGGAUAGCUCUGGUGGAGCUGUUCAGCUUCCAGACACCAACAUCAGCAUCCAUGUGCCAGAAGGUCACGUGUGCCCCGGGGAAACGCAGCAGAUCUCCAUGAAAGCUAUGCUAGAUCCACCGCUGGAGCUCAACAGCGAUAAGUGCAGCACCAUCAGCCCCGUCCUGCAGAUCAAACUCAGCAACAUGGAGGUGAAAACGUUCAUCAUUCUGGAGAUGAAGGUAUCUGCGGAGGUUAAGAAUGACAUCAUGAGCAAGAAUUUGGUAGGGCUGCAGUGCCUGCGGAGUGACAUGAAAGAGGGGCCAUACAUGCCAAUGCAGCUGAGCUAUUCGUAUGGGGACACGAUACAGGUGCAGCUGGAGAACCUAGAGCCUUGCAUGUACAUCGCUGCUGUAGCUCAAGGGCAGAACAUCCUCUACCCUUACACUGUUUGGGAUUAUAUCAGCAAGAAGAUCACAGUUGGUGUUUAUGGCCCAAAACAUAUUCACCCUUCCUUUAAAACAGUUGUGGCCGUGUUUGGGCACGAAUGUGCACCCAAGACUCUCCUAGUGAACGAGGUCACGAGGCAGUCUCACAGCCCAGCUCCAGUUGCCCUUCAGCUCUGGGGUAAGCACCAGUUUACUCUGUCCCGGCCUCAGGACCUCAAGCUCUGCAUGUUCUCCAACAUGACCAACUAUGAGGUGAAAGCUAGUGAGCAAGCCAAAAUUGUGCGAGGCUUCCAGAUGAAGCUGGGCAAGGUCAGUCGCCUUAUCUUCCCCAUUGCAUCCCAUGAUCCCAACGAGCUCUCAGAUUUCACGCUAAGGAUACAGGUCAAGGAUGACAAGGAUGCCAUUUUGACCCAGUUCUGCGUCCAGACGCCACAGCCGCCUCCUAAAAGUGCCAUCAAACCGACAGGGCAGAGGCGGUUCCUCAAGAAGAACGAGGUUGGAAAGAUCAUCCUUUCACCUCUGGCUGCCACUGCCAAGUAUCCGGUUUUUCAGGACCGGCCGGUGUUGAGCUUGAAGUAUGGCAAACUGCUGAAAACAGUGGUGCGGCAAAGCAAGAAUCACUAUUUGCUGGAGUACAAGAAAGGAGAUGUCAUAGCCCUCCUCAGUGAGGAGAAGAUCAGGUUGAAGGGACAACUGUGGACAAAGGAGUGGUAUAUUGGCUACUACCAGGGCAAAAUAGGCCUUGUACACACCAAAAAUGUGCUGGUGGUUGGAAAGGUCAAACCCAGCUACUUCUCUGGGCCUGAUCUCACCACCAGCCUGUUGCUCGAGCAAAUCCUCAGACCCUGCAAAUUCCUAACCUACAUCUAUGCCUCCGUCAGGACUCUUCUCAUGGAGAACCUCAGCAGCUGGAGGUCCUUCGCGGAUGCGUUGGGGUAUUUGAACUUACCGCUCACGUUUUUCUGCCGAUCAGAGUUGGACAGUGAGCCAGAGCGAGUGGCAUCAGUGCUGGAGAAGCUGAAGGAAGACUGCAACAACACGGAGAACAAGGACAGGAAAUCUUUCCAGAAAGAGCUGAUGAUGGCCUUGCUGAAGAUGGACUGCCAAGGGCUGGUGGUCAGGCUUAUCCAGGACUUCGUGCUGCUCACCACGGCCGUGGAGGUGGCCCAGCGCUGGAGGGAGCUCGCUGAGAAGCUCGCCAAGGUCUCCAAGCAGCAGAUGGAUGCCUACGAGGCCCCGCACCGCGACAAAAGUGGGGUGGUGGACAGUGAGGCCAUGUGGAAACCCGCAUAUGACUUCCUCCUCACCUGGAGCAGCCAAAUGGGUGACAGCUACCGGGACGUGAUUCAGGAGCUGCACACAGGGCUGGACAAGAUGAAGAAUCCCAUCACCAAGCGUUGGAAGCAUCUCACAGGCACCCUCAUCCUCGUCAACUCCUUGGACAUGCUCCGGGCAGCUGCAUUCAGCCCACAAGACCACGAGGAUUUUGCUAUCUAGCUCCUUGCAGAGAUGUUUUCAUCCACGUCUCAUUUAUUGGUGGUAUCCGUAUUUUUCUGUUUUUCCCCUCUUUUUUUUUUUUUAACAGUUGAUUAUAAAAAGAAGAAGUGGAGAUUGCUCUCCCCAGGUUUAAAGAGGCCAAAGCUUGCAAGUUCUCAGCAGGACUGGAAAUCAGCAGGAGAAGACCCUCGUCUUGGUGGGAAGGCAUCCAGAAGGGAUGGCUUUUCAUAUGGAAUUGAUACCACUUCAACUAUUUCUUACUCAGACACUUAAAAGGGGCCAGGGGGGCGGGGAGGGAUCACAAAAGAGAACACGUGUUUUUUUUUAGGCAUUUACAAAUAAAAAAUCUAAUUUUUGUAAUGAGCAGUAAAAA